UAUUUCAUUACUACACCGUCAAAUGAAACAAUGACUACCGAUUCUAAAGUUUUGGAAGCUGUGGCGCAGGAAAUCGAAGCAAACUGCAAGAAUAUGUUAGCUGUUGGCGACCUACCCAUAAUAUGUCUGCCAUCUGCCCUUCUGGCCAAAUUUUACGAUGUUAUUGCCACUUUUCCCUCAACAACUCUUUAUUCUGUAAUAAUUUCUGUUGCUGUUAGUCUUCUAGUCGUUAUUCUGUGCACUAGACGGCUAGUACUAUCGCUCUUAGCAGUUGCUGUUGUUUCUGGUGUUAUACUUUGGACUAUAGCCGUGUCCAUUCUGACAGGCUGGGAACUGAGCGUUGUUGAAUCGACAAUCAUAAUUCUCACAAUAGGUCUGAGUUUUGAUUUCACCCUGCAUAUGGCUGUAUCUUACCGAGAUAGCAAGGAGAUCUUAGUUGAAGACCGAAUCGGUUCAUGUCUUUCAUCGGCUGGUCGCGCAUGUGUACUUGGUGCCACUACAUCUAUACUCAGUGGAUUUCCUUUGAUAUUCGGGAACACUGCUGCUUUCACCCAGGUAAUGUUUCCGUAA